AUGUUUGAAGGAUUUUGUCCGGACGGGCUGUGGGACAAUGACCAGCUAUGGCUUGAAACUGGUCCCCGAUUUACAGACUGCUUCAUGAACAUUGGAUUCAUUUGGGGUCCAUGUAUCUUCCUAGCAUUCUUCUCCCUAUUCGAUGUUUAUUUCCGUAGCAGAAGUCGAUACAGUGAUAUACCAUGGAGCUUCCUUAAUCUCUCGAAAAUGUUGUUGGUCAUCCUCCUCAUCGCAUUGUCAAUCACUGAUUUAUAUGUUAUGCUCACUACAACAGCAGUGACGAUUUAUAAUGUUCAGAUUGUGUCGGUGUCAUUGAAGAUUGCAACUUUUAUCCUUGUUCUACUCCUUCAGUUCUACCACAAACUCAAAGGACAUCGAACAUCAGGUCUUUUGUUCAACUUCUGGAUCAUUCUUAUGGUCGCUUCCAUACCACAAUUAAUCUUGGAAAUCAAUUACGAUGCAAACACAGCAAAUGAAUGGGAACAAUUUCAAUAUGUCAAUUUCAUAAUCUACUUCACGCUUAUCACAGUUAUGCUGUUUCUUAAUUGUUUUGCUGAUAAGGCACCACGUAGCACGACCUACCACAAGUUUGAUAAUCCAAGUCCAGAAUUAAGUUCAAGUUUUGUGCGACAACUCUUCUUCCAAUGGUUCGAUAAGAUUUGUUUGAUUGGAUGGCGUCGGACACUUACAGAAAAGGAUAUGUAUGACAUAAAUCCGAUGGAUACAAGUCAUGAGAUUGUACCUGUGUUUGAUAAGCAUUUUGAUGCAAGUGUUGAGAAAGGUCGAAGAAAGCAACAAAAAAAAUCAGGCAAUAAAUCAAAUAUCCCUAAUGUUGAGACGUCAAAGCAGACAGACGGUUCAAUUUUACCAGCCAUGAUGAAAACAUUCGGUGGUCCAUUUUGGUUUGCUGGCUUCAUCCAACUCAUCAUCAAUGGUUUGACAUUAGCAAGUCCAAUGUUAUUAAAUGAAUUGAUCACUUUUGUGGCUAUGGGAAUGCCAGUAGCAUGGCAAGGAUGGUUAAUGGUUGUUUCAUUGUUCCUUGUUGCCUUCCUACUCGCCAUUUUUAAUAGCGUCUAUUUUAAAGCAACAUUUGUCGUCGGUUUCCGUAUUCGUACAGCCUUAAUUAGUGCCAUUUAUCGAAAAGCACUGAGGAUAUCCAGUGCAGCCAAAAAAGACACAACUGUUGGUGAAAUUGUAAAUUUAAUGUCCGUAGAUGCACAAAGAUUCUUUGAAUUGAUCUCAUACGUACAUGUGUUGUGGUCAGGACCGAUGAUAAUUGGAAUUGCAAUUUAUUUGAUUUGGCAACAAUUGUCAUUUGGUGUUAUAUCCGGUAUUCUUAUUAUGAUUUUGAUCACGCCACUGAGUGGAAUUAUUGCUGCUAAAUUGCGUAACUUGCAAGUCGAACAGAUGAAAAUUAAGGACGAGCGUGUAAAAUCAAUGAAUGAGAUUCUUAAUGGCAUGAAGGUAUUGAAGCUGUAUGCAUGGGAGCCAAGUUUUGAAAAACUUAUUCAAGAGAUUCGAGAACGUGAACUUGUCGUUAUGAGAAAAGGAGCAAUUUUAAAUGCUGGAACUUAUUUUGUAUGGACAUUGGCACCAUUCCUUGUACAACUUGCCUCAUACAUCACCUUCGUUUUACUUGGAGGCACUCUUACUGCCAACAAAGCUUUCGUAUCGGCUGCAUUAUUUAAUAUCCUGAGAUUCCCAAUGGCUAUGUUCCCCAUGAUGAUUGCAAAUAUGGCACAAGCAUGGGUCAGUGUGAAACGUAUCAACAAAUUCCUCAACGCAGAAGAGCUUGACUCAAGCAACGUUGCAAACGAACCAAGUGAAAAUGCAUUGAGCAUCACUAAUGGCACAUUUACAUGGGGAGGUGAGACUACAACAUUGAAAAAUAUCAAUUUGAAAGUGAGGAAAGGAAAUUUGACGGCAAUUGUCGGUUCAGUCGGAUGUGGUAAAACAUCACUGGUGUGUGCAUUGCUCGGUGAAAUGGAAAAAUUGAGCGGAGAUGUAAAUGUAGAUGGACGUAUUGCAUAUGUUUCACAGCAAGCAUGGAUACAGAAUGCAACAUUACAGGAUAACAUAAUAUUUGGACGUCCAUUUAAAAAAGAAUUUUACAAUCAAGUAAUUCAAGCAUGUGCAUUGGGUGCAGAUCUAGCAAUGUUACCCGGUGGCGAUCAGACUGAAAUUGGCGAAAAGGGUAUUAAUUUAUCAGGAGGUCAAAAGCAACGUGUAUCCCUGGCUCGUGCAGUUUAUAGCCAAGCAGACAUUUAUCUACUCGAUGAUCCGUUGUCAGCCGUCGACUCACAUGUCGGAAAACACAUUUUCGAUAAUCUAAUUGGUGAAAAUGGUCUUCUAGCUGGAAAGACUCGAUUGCUUGUUACACAUGCUGUCCUAUAUUUACCAAAAGUCGAUGAAAUUUAUGUUAUUGUUAAUGGUGAAAUUACAGAGAGCGGCUCAUACAAAGAGCUUCUGUCGCAGAAAGGAGCAUUUUCAGAAUUCCUUACCCAACACAUUCAAGACAUUGAGGAUGAUGAAGAAUUAAAGGAACUGCAAAAGGCAAUUCAGGAUGACGACUUAAAACUUGUUCUUCAGCGUCAACAUUCAUCGCUGUCAACUAGUGCGGAACAAUCCUCAUUGAAUGGAUCAAUGAGAAAGCGUAGAUUAAGUCAACGACGUGCAUCGGAUAAGAGUGAAAAGGAAGCACCAAUUGUAAAACCAAACACAAAGUUGACAGAGAUAGAAGACGCUGGAAGUGGUGCUGUUGGAUUUAGUGUCUACAUUCGAUACUUCCAAAGCAUUGGACUGGCAUUGACUGUUGCUGCUAUUUCUAGUAAUAUCAUCAACUCUGGAACAUCGAUUUAUUCGAGCAUCUGGCUUGAAUCCUGGACAACAGACACACGUGUUCUAUAUCCACCUGUUAACAUGUGGUGGCGAAACUUCUACAUGAUUAUUUAUGCUGUACUUGGAGUCUCACAAACUGUUGCACUUCUCAUCACAUCUAUGGUGUUUGCUAUUGGAUGCUUGCGAGCUGCACGAGAUCUUCAUAAUAAACUAUUGGGCAACGUGCUACGACUUCCAAUGUCUUUCUAUGAUACGACUCCGUUGGGUAGAAUUUUAAAUCGCUUCAGUAAGGAUAUGGACACCAUUGAUGUUAUUUUACCUAUGUUUUUCAGAUUCUGGAUGGUCAUGUUCUUCGCAGUUCUUUCUGUAUUCGUAGUCAUUUCAUACUCUACAGUUGCAUUUUUGGGUGUAGCUAUUCCAAUGUUGGUCAUUUAUUAUUUCGUACAGAGAUUCUAUGUUGCCACAUCACGUCAAUUAAAGCGUAUUGAGUCAGUUACUCGAUCACCAAUUUAUGUGCAUUUCAGUGAGACUAUUACUGGACAGUCUGUCAUUCGUGCUUGGGGUGAAGAGCAGAGAUUCAUCACGGAAUCAGAAAGAAGAGUCGACUACAACCAAAUGAUGUCAUAUCCAAGUAUCAUAGCAAACCGUUGGCUUGCCGUCAGAUUAGAAAUUCUCGGUGCUAUCAUCGUCUUCUUUGCAGCAUUCUUUGCUAUCAUUUUUGAUAUCGGACCGAGUACGGUUGGUCUUUCAAUCAGUUAUGCCCUACAAGUUUCAAGCACAUUGAACAUGUUAUGUCGCAUGACAACAGAACUUGAGACAAAUAUUGUUGCGAUUGAAAGAGUUGACGAGUAUUCGGAUGUGAAGCAAGAAGCACCAUGGAAAACUAUUGAAGUUGAUAAAGCAUGGCCACAAAAUGGAAUUGUUGAAUUCAAAGAUUUCCAAGUGCGUUAUCGAGAAGGACUUGAACUUGUUCUUAAAGGAAUUUCAUUCAUGGUUAAGACACAAGAGAAAAUUGGUAUUGUCGGUCGUACGGGUGCUGGAAAGAGCAGUCUUACAUUAUCCUUGUUCAGAAUCAUUGAAGCAGCUGGCGGAAAAAUUGUUAUCGAUGGUAUUGAUAUAUCCACAAUUGGAUUGCACUCGUUGCGCUCAAGGCUAACAAUCAUACCACAAGAUCCGGUAUUGUUCAGUGGAUCAUUGAGAAUGAAUAUUGAUCCAUUCAAUUCAUACUCAGAUGAUGCAAUAUGGACUGCAUUAGAACAUUCCCAUUUGAAGACAUUUGUGAAAGGAUUAAAUGAUGGUUUAGAGUACAAGAUUGCCGAAGGUGGUGAGAACUUGUCAGUUGGUCAAAGACAACUAUUGUGUCUUGCUCGUGCAUUGUUACGUAAGACAAAAGUACUUAUACUCGAUGAGGCAACGGCUGCUAUUGAUAUUGAGACAGACGAGCUCAUUCAGAAAACCAUUCGAACACAAUUCAAGGACUGCACUAUCCUAACCAUUGCACAUCGUCUUAACACAAUUAUGGAUUCAGACAGAAUAAUCGUAUUAGAUGCGGGUAUUAUAGCUGAAUUUGAUACAGUUGAUGCUCUGAUGUCCAAUAAAGAUUCAGUUUUUUAUGGCAUGGCUAAAAAUGCUGGACUUGUUAACAAUCCUGUUAAUGAAAUGACAAUUGAGGAAGCCAUUGAUGAAGCAUUCCGCUUGGAUGAUGAGGAUGACAAUCCAAAAAAUAAUUCAAAUUUAAAUACUUAUUUGUAG